UUUCCUGUAACGAUCAAACUAUCAAACGUCAUUUCACAUUCACAUUUCGUCCCGCCAAUCCGCCAUCGCCAUCAUCAUACAUACCACAGCGAAGCGUUUCCUGAACCUCGAUGUGCGAGGUUUGUGUUUAAUUUAUCCUUUGGCGCUGUAGAAGUUUAUUACACGCAUGCAUUAAGAAAAGUACCUCCAAUUAAGAUUAAGAAUUUAAGCAAGUUUUAAGAAUUUAGGCAAGUUAUCUCCACAGCACUAAAGAAAUUAAGAAAAAUAAAGUCAGAGUGUUUGUCUCAAUUGUAUCAAGUUUAGAAGAGCGAGGAUAAUGGAUCUCGUCAUGUCCUUUUAUACCCACUCAAGACUGUACAAAAAGACAAGCACUCUAGACAAUCAAUUCAAGACAAGUACUCAUCUUAACGCAGUCAAGAAGUUUGUUUGUAGAUAUAAGUACAUUUUUUUUGUUAAGUUUCCAUUCUAAAUGGUGGGCCAGUUUUGUCAAGUUUAGAAACAAGAUUUGGGCAAGAGGUUCGUAAGAGGGAAGAAUAGAAGAAAGCAACUAAUACAGUUUGUAGCAUUUUAGAAAAAAAAAUUAGAAGAUAACUUGAAAACGGAGACUAAACUUUAAUGGAAGAACUAUCAAGUUUAUUAUCAUUAACACCUUUUAUUCUCGGUAACAAGUAUGUAAAAGCAAAUAUUAUUUAUGGAGUAGAAAAAAUAAUGUUUGUUCCACUUCUGUCAAGAAGACAGAAUGAAAUUCAAGCUGGUUAAAUUAAAUAAAAGAUUCUCUUGUCUAAUGAAUUGCAUUGAAGAUAUCUUCACCUGAUUGUCACAUGCCUGUCGAAAAUAUCUAGCUAUAUCAGAAUAAUAAGGACUUUCAUAAAUUACGAAAAAUUAACGAAGCAAAGAAAACUGUUUGAAAAUCAAUUAAGAAACAUUCGGAAAGGCCAAUAUUUUGUUUUUUUGUGUUUACAUAAAAUCUAAAGAUAUAUAAAUAUUACAUUUAUAUGUACGGAUUUAAGAAAAUGAAACCUGGUAUUCAAUAUGUAAUUCCGAAAAAUAUCACAUAGAAAUAAAAUUUAUUAUACAUACAAACAUAAUCUGAUGUCUUGAAGUAUCCUAUAUUGGAAGAAUGUUCAAAAUAUUGCUUUCAUGUGUUGCAUAAAGAAAUAUUCUGGAACACUGCUAUUUUCCUCUUUUCUAUGAAAAUUUUUUGUCACUUACAUCUCUCAGAUGAAACGUAAAUAUGAAUUAACAAGAACAUACAAGAUAGCUCAAAAAAGUAUGAAGCAUACGAAAAUCACCAGCUAUGCAAGACGUUCACUGACGCGUCAUCGUCAUUCGAGCGAUAAUUCAGGAGGUUGUCUCCGAAGGUUAUGGCCGAUUAUUCUCCCAGGCACGAGGAUUCACCUAGGGAAUACAAAAGCAGAAGUCACAGUCGCGACAGAAAAGUUUAUAGAAACGGUGACAAAGGCAAAAGAUCGAGAAGCCGUUCUCAUUCUGAAAAGCGUUACAGAUCUUCAAAGUACUCUCGCAGCAGAUCUCGUUCAGCUGAUUACGGACGUAGGUCAUCUUCUCACAGCCCAAUGUCGAGCAGGAAGCGUCAUACCGGUACCAGGGACAACCCCAAACAGUCCAGGUGUUUGGGAGUCUUUGGAUUGAGCGUUUACACCACUGAGGAUGAAUUAUACCAUUUGAUGUCCAAAUACGGUCCCGUAGAACGAGUUCAAGUUGUUAUCGAUGCUAAAACUGGACGUUCUAGAGGCUUUUCGUUUGUCUACUUCGAGAAUGUUGAAGAUGCAAAAGUAGCGAAGGAGCAAUGCACUGGUAUGAAACUUAAUGGAAAGAGCAUUCGUGUUGAUUUUUCCAUUACUGAAAGAGCACAUACACCUACUCCUGGAAUUUAUAUGGGAAAACCAACAUACAAAUAUUCCGAUCGCUACGAUAGGCGUCGAGACAGAGGGGACAGAGAUGAUUACUACCGUAGUUCUCGCUACAGGCGUUCUCCAUCGCCUUACUAUAGUAGUAGUAGCCGAAGAAGACGUUACUCUAGAUCUAGAAGUUAUUCUCCUCGUCGCUAUUAAACAUUCUAUCUUCUUGGAUGCACUUCGUUUGAUUUCAGUUUUUUCCUAGAUUGUAAUGUCUUACUUUACCGUAGAUAUAAAUUAUCUAGUUUUAUACCUUAAGGCACUAGUGCGGAUUGGGACAAUGGUUUUACCCUAAAUGUAUAUUUUUUGACAUAAUCCAUAUUGGAAAUUAGUAAGAAAUGUAUGCGAUUAAUUUGAAAAAGCCCAGUCUUCACAUUAUUGUGAACAGAAAAAUUACUAACUCAAAUAUUUUAGCCAAUCCGCUACUUCUUUUGUAAAACAUGUGUUUAUUUUGAAUUAAUUUUAAGAUUUUUUUUAAAUAUGUGACUUACAGUUAGUGGUAUCCAAUAAAUGUUCUAACACCAGA